GCAGAAGCUUAACAUCUUCUAAAUAAUCAAGCUCCUUGGACUCAGCUGCUAGGUUUGAUGCAUUUGACUUUCUAUCGUCCCUCUCAGGAUUUUGUCAUCAUAGCGGCGCAUUUUCAGACUUGAUUACUACGCCUCUUUCUAUAAACUCGAAAAUUUUCAAGGAUGUGACGAUCACCAUGUCCAGGAAUCUGGGACGCUGGCUACAGGCCAAUUUCUGGGAAUCUGCGAACCCGCAGCUGGCACGAGGAUUGCGACCAACAAAUUUACCUUAUUUUUUCGAACCGACAGUAUUGAACGAAGCUCUCUGUAAGAUUGCCGGCAAACACGGUCUGAAGAGGAUAUCACCGGCAUCUCCCAAGAAAUCAAUACGGGUCACAAGAAGAUUUGCAUCAGGGGGGUUUUUUGUACUCGGCUUUUCUCCCUCGUCGGCUGCCGUUGAUUCCGGAGCAGCAUGUGCAGAAACGUUACGGCUUCACAGGGAUUGCGGCUUAGUCAAUAGAAAGUCGUUGCACUUUUUGACACGAAAUGCCUGGAUACGAAGUAUACAUACCACAAAAGAUGAUAGACUACCUUCAGAGGUGCAGAAGGAACCCUCAAAUCCCGAAAAUGCGACUAUUUCACACCCGGAACCAGAGAAAAAGGGCGAAAAUAACGACCACCGGAACCCAGAGACCCAAGCUCCAAUGUCGAAAGUUCAUGUCCAUAGCAUUUCAAACCGCAACCUCAUCGAUCGUUUGCCUCAUAUUCCUCACUUGCACAGGCCUUCAAAGGAAGAGCUUCUCGCUGCUGCCAACGGGUUCUGGUCUCGAUUAAAGGUUCGCUUCAAGUGGUUUUCGAUUCGGAGCGUUCGCCCUUUCAAUCUGGAUGAAAUAACAGCACUCUUCUCAUGGGUAUUGCUGGGCCAUGUCGUUUGGGUUGUUCUAGGGACUACCACCUUCUUUUCAUUACUCAUCCUCGCUAUUAACACCGUUUUUGCUCAAGAAACUCUCGCCGGGUGGAUUGGAAAUUAUCUCACCAAGUCCUCUGGCGUGAAAGUGGUCUUCGAGUCAGCGAUUGUACCGAAAUGGCGAGACGGCGUUAUAACCUUCAAGAAUGUCUUUGUCUCCAGGCGACCCGGUCAGGGUACUGGAAAUGUUAGCAAGGGCUCCUCAAAGACGGCGGCCGCGGCAGCGGCAGCGGCAGCUUCUAGUGAAUCGUCUAAUCUGGAAACCGCAAAUCAACGACCAGUAGCUGGCGAAGGCGAGGAUACAAACUAUACCCAAUUUGAUUUAUCAAUCGACACCGUUAAUGUCACUUUGUCAUUCACAAAAUGGUUCAACGGAAAAGGUCUACUUCGAGAUGUUGAAGUGAAAGGAAUCCGAGGCGUGGUCGACCGUCGGCAUGUUUACUGGCCUGAUGUUGACCUGGAUCCGAAGUCCUACCGGCAUGAACACAAGCCUGGGGAUUUCGAGAUAGAUUCCUUCAAGAUGGAGGAUCUGUUGGUAACCAUUUACCAACCUGGUAACUUCAGGCCGUUCCCCGUCAGCAUAUUCUCAUGUGAUCUUCCUCAGCUGAGGCAGCAGUGGCUUUUCUAUGAUUUUCUUUCCGCCAACAUGAUGUCUGGCUCGUUCGAUAACUCCUUGUUCACUAUUCAUCCCCGGCAAAGCCACAACUACACUGGCCUGGCAUUGAAUCAAAGGUCAGAACCCGGAGAGCCGCAACCAUGGAAGAAACACAGCAGAAUUCGUAUCGACGGUUUGAAUAUCGAUCACCUCAAUCGCGGGAUUCAAGGCCCUUUCUCCUGGAUUCAUGAAGGAAAUGUCGACAUUAUUGCUGACAUCAUGUUUCCUGCGGAUAACGGCGAAAGUCUUGCAAAGGUCAUGGCGGAUUUCUAUGACCGUUUGGAGGCGACAGUAACGACAAAUCAGUAUCCUGUGCCUAUGUCAAAAAAUGCAGAUAGAACUGAAGAGGACAACUCGACUGAGAGGAAGCAGUUCCUCGAUAUGGAUCUACGCAUCCACCUCAACAAUGUCCGCGCCGUUGUGCCUAUUUUCACACGAGAUUUAUCAUACAUUAAUAAUGCGCUUAUACGUCCCAUCGUUGCGUAUAUCAAUUCUAGGCGGACCUUUAUUCCUAUCAACUGCCGUCUUAUCAAGGAUGUUAAGGAUUUUGAUGGAAGCUGGACGAUCUACGAUAGCGCCUUGAUGGAUGAUCUGUCUGCUGCGGUGUACGAUGCCUUCGCACAGGACGUUGUUGAUGAUCAAGCGCGCAAACGGCGUUUCAAGAAGGUUGGGUUCUGGUCACUUCAACUAGCCGCACAGGCUAUCUUCCUAGGUAUGGCUGGGAAUAUAGCAUGAUUGUAUUAUUAUUAUAUUAUCGGAUGAGGAAUGUGGCGUUGGGCGGUUCGAACAGGCUUACUGGAUUUUCGGCGUUGUUCCAGUCUAUAGAGAAAUUUGCGUUCUCAGAAACGACACAGCUGACUCGCGUCCAAAAGUUUUAAUGUUUGUCCGGGUUUCCCAUGGACACGCUCUAACUAAUGGGACGGCAGUGCUUGAACCACUUGAUUAUAGAAUCACUUACGAGAUAGUUCUUUUCCUGACCUGUCGCCAUACUUGCGCUGGUCCCGUAAUAUUCCAAUUCUACUCACUUUCAACAUUCC